AAGAUGUGGAAGUGCGUGUUUUCGGUCUGCUUGUUAGUUAGUCUGGUGCUUGCUGAUGAGGAGUGGCGGCUCGUGAACAUCACUCAGGGUCCGGUACGAGGUCGCUUCGAAGACGGCGUGUACUCCUUCUAUAAUAUUCCUUAUGCCUCGGUACCCACAGGAACAGAUCGGUUCAAGGCUCCUCUUGCCCCGCCAGUAUGGUUGACACCGUUCAAUGCUGUGGAUCGCAGAAUCGUAUGCCCACAAUUUUGGUUAGGGGCUGAUGAAGUGAAUAUUCAUGAGAACUGCUUGGUGGCGAACGUAUUUGUCCCUGACACGGAGGAGACUAAUCUACCCGUACUAGUCAACGUCCACGGUGGAGGCUACAUACUCGGUUACGGACAACAAUCACACUUUAAGGACCUAGUAAGGAGCAGAAAAAUUAUUGUACUCACUUUUAACUAUAGAUUAGGUGUCCACGGGUUUCUGUGUCUUGGCACUGAAGGUGCUCCCGGUAAUGCGGGUCUGAAAGAUCAGCUAGCAUUCCUUCGUUGGGUUAAGGCCAAUAUAGCCAGCUUUGGAGGCAACCCCAAUGAUGUGACACUUUCCGCUUGCAGUGCAGGUUCCGGCUCGAUAGACUUCUUAACUCUUUCCAGUCUCACUGAAGGACUAUAUACAAAAACUAUACAGGAGAGCGGUGCCAGUAUAGGUGGUGUUGGAGCACAAGUGGAUCCUAUUGAGUACGCUAAAAUUUAUGCACGACUCCUAAACUUCCACAAUGUUGAUGAUUUGGACCGCUUGGAAGAGUUUUACAGAACGGCGCCCUUUGAGCUACUAGUUUCAAAUCCGGAUGAAAUGUUGAACGCUAAGAACGUUAACAUACUUUUCGGUCCAUGCGUGGAACGUGACCUUGGACAAGAGCGCGUUGUUACUGAUGCUCCGAUGAAUAUCAUAAGACAAGGGAACUAUACUCAAGUACCUAGGAUAUAUGGAUUUACUAACAUGGAUGGAGCUUUCCGACUCCCGCAAUUUGAUACGUGGAAGAAUGACAUGAACGAGAGAUUCUCAGACUUUUUACCAGCUGAAUUACAUUUUGAGAGUGAAGAUGUCAGAGAGCAAGUAGCUCAAGAAGUCAAAGAGUUUUAUUUCGGCAGUAGUCCUGUUAGUGAGGAGAAUAUUUUGUCUUACAUUGCAUAUUUUACUGACGUGAUAUUUGCUGUUCCAAUAUUAAAAUCUGUAUCAACACGUAUAGAGACUCUUGGUGACACGAUAUAUCUAUUUGAGUAUUCGUUUGUGGAUGAACAUACUCCCAGUUUCCCUCAUACAGACGUACGUGGUGCUGAUCAUUGUUUCCAAGAAAUAGCAGUCACAGAUGAAGAUGUGUCUGGCAGAACAGAGGAAUAUAAACAAAUGAAGGAAAUUAUGAGAGAUUACUGGACGAAUUUUGUGUUGACUGGUUCUCCAUCGAAUCCAAACUCUCCUCUGCCGUACUGGCCACCAGCGAAUGCACAACGAGAUCCUCACAUGUCAUUGGGCAGCCGUAUUGAACUCAGAAACGACCUUAUUCAGGACAGAAUAGCUUUCUGGGAUACAAUCUACGACAAAUAUUAUCGAGGACCAGUUGUCAAUCCUUCGACCUCUUAAACAGGCAAACAAUGAAUAUUUGUACAAGCAAUACCUUUGGGAUAAAACCGGAAUGUGUCUUUUGUCUGGGAUAUGUAGGUAGUAUUAAUUAGAUGUGUUUUGAUUUAUAUUUUUUUAUAAUUAGUUAUUGAGAUAAUGAAUAUUUAUUUUAUGUUUGUGCCUACUAAAUCUGCAUUGAUAACAUAUACUAUUAAAACACUGCUACAGUAAUAAAAAUAUGUGCGAAAUGGUACCUCGUUGUGGUGACAGCUUAUAUUUUGUACUCAUACAAUUCACGUGAGUUGUCAAUGUUAUGUGAAUCUGAGUGGCGAAUGGAAGAGAAUAAGUGAAA